UUUUCCCAGAAUUCCCGGAAUUCCCAGAUUUUCCCCGGAAUUCCCGGCUUUCCCCGGCUCUCCAGGUGGGCUACGAGCUGAAGGAGGAGAUCGAGCGCAAGUUCGACAAGUGGCAGGAGCCGCCCCCGGUCAAGCAGGUGAAGCCGCUGCCGGCGCCGCUCGACGGCCAGAGGAAGAAGAGAGGGGGCCGCAGGUACCGGAAGAUGAAGGAGCGCCUGGGGCUGACGGAGAUCCGCAAGCAGGCCAACAGGAUGAGCUUUGGGGAGAUCGAGGAGGACGCUUACCAGGAGCACCUGGGUUUCAGCCUGGGCCACCUGGGACCCCCAAACCCCAUUUUUCCUCCAUUUAACGCUGUUUUAACACCCUCAAACUCCAUUUUUCCCCCUUUAGCCCCAUUUUCACCUUCCCAAACCCCAUUUUUUCCUCAUUUUUUCCCAUUUUCCCCACUUUUAACCCCAUUUUCCCCUCAGAUCAAGGAAGAAGCCUAGCAGUAGGACUCCGGCUUCGGC